AUGAACAAAUUUGUGGUAGUAGUAAAGGAGACUGAUUAUGUAUGUUUUCUCGAACAGUCUACAAGUGAAGAGAUACCAUCAACAACAGUCGGCCGCACAGCUAGCCCCGGCGCGGGCGCUGUCGGCGCGGUGGGUGCUUCGGAAUCAUAUGACGUGACACGCAUGCGUGAAGAAGAGUUUGAAAGACUCACAGUAUACAUAGUACCCGACGUGCCAUGUGAACGAGGAGUGACAAACAGAGCAGAGAGAACGCUCCCUCGGAGCUUGGCACUGAGGCCAUCUGCAGUUCUGUCUACACCCAACACACCGACGGAAGGAGUCUGGAGUAAGGGAGUUAUACCCCGCGGUACGAGAUUUGGACCAUUUGAAGGAACACGAACACCUAAUAAACCAAAUGACAAAGUUUCGUGGCGAUAUUAUUGGAGGGUACAAGAAACUGUCAGACAUCAUACUUAUGGAAAUAUUAAGAUAUUCAAAGAUAGUGACUAUUAUUACCUUGAUGGAUCGGACACCAGCGUCGCUAACUGGAUGAGAUAUGUCGCCUCAGCAUAUUCCCUUUCCGUCAUGAAUCUCGUUGCUUGUCAACAUCAAGAACACAUUUACUUUUACACAAUCAGAGACAUUAUGCCAAAUGAAGAACUUAUGGUAUGGUACUGCAAGGAUUUUGCUACAAGGCUUGGUUAUGACAUUGAUCCUGAAAGAGCGACUUAUUCAAUAUGCAAGGAAGAAACAAUAAAAAAGGCGUAUGGAUUGCCACCUGCCCCUGUUCAUCCUGAGAUUGCUUUUAACCACAUGAAAUAUGUUCUGGGUCUGACAAACGCAAAAGAUCUUUUAGAGGCAGAAAUACCUAGCAGGAGAAGAAAAAGAGAAGCGAGUGAUAAAUCACUACACGAAGAUCAAAUCAUGUUACCUCGUGAAGACCCAAGAAAUAUAAUAAAAAAUGAAAGAUCUAUCGUAAGGUCAGAUAUCGCCACAAAUUUCAUACACCCGAAAUCUGAGAGCCCAAAUCAUAACGAACAUCAUUCACUAUCACCUAGCAACUUAAUGCAACCGCCAUCACCGGUUAAGAUGCAUAGAGAUAACAAUCAAACGUUAAUAAUUCAUCAGCACAAAGAGAGCACAUCGCAUGUUGUUAUACAUCAACUUGAUAAUUCAAGAACACAUAGCAAUCGAUCCCCUGCUCAAAUUCAACAUACGAGGGAUAUUAGAGGACCAUCUCCCUUAUCACAAAAUAAUCAAGACAAACUUGGAAGUAAAUCUCCCAGUUUUCCUCAUUGUGUACCAUCACAUUAUGAGCAUCAACUGACACCUACUGAUGGUUCAGUUCGGUCAGAUGAAGGUUAUCACAGCAAUGGAUAUCACGAUGAAUUUACUCCCCCAGAAGACUCGAGUGACUCCGAUGUCGAAAAUUAUGUUCUAGACUGUUCAAAUAAAACAAAUGAACCAAAAGAAACUGUUAUAGUCCAAAAAAUUGAUCAGGAUAUGCAUAGAAAUGAAUACAGAAAAGUAAAAAUAAAAAUGCCAAGAGCUUAUCAAUACCAGAAUCACAAAGAUAUGGAUUGUGAAAGUGAAAAAGAAAUGAUUAUAGCUGAAGAAGUUAUGCAUACCUCGCCACAAAAUUUAUCUCCAACCCGAAGAGAUCCUGCUAGUUCUACGGUUAUCGUUCUAGAGUCCUCUCAAAACACAGUAGUACCUUUAAAUAAGCCUUACUAUGAAGACGGUACAUUAUCGCCUUCACCACAGCCAGCUUUCAUGAGAUACUCGCCUCCAGAUACAAGAAUACUUGAAACGAUAUUGACUGGAAAUAGGAUUGACACAAAUAAUAAUGAUCCAAACAGAAGACAACCAAAUGCUACUCCACCACCAUCAUCGCCCACAGAGAUGGCGUACUCUUACAAGAAAAGUCAAAGAUAUGGUAAUGCCUGCAGCCCUGAUUCUAGUUCAAACCUAACGCCUUUACCAUCUUUACUGCCGUUACCACAACAGUUACCUACACCUAAUUCAGUUUCGGUUUACUCUUCUUCACCUCCUCACACUAUUCCUCAUACAACAGAAAUCCGUGAAAUACGAGAAAUAAGGGAAAUAAGAGAAACAAGAUAUGAAAGCCACUAUCCUAAUUACUCUUACAGUUUAUAUUCUCCACCUAACUCUACAAUAAUUACACAGCUGGGAUCGCCACCCACUACUUACUCUCCUACAAUUUCAUCUUCUCAUCAAUAUGAAAGGGCUCCAAAUGGUCAAGCUAAUCACCAUUAUCCAUCUUCGACUAGUGUUAUAACUUUGAAAAAUUGCUCUCAAUUGAGCUUAAUUCAAAAUUCUAAUAUUAAUGGGCAGCUGGUACCACAACAUAGUAGUCUAAGUCCUGAUGGAACAUGCAGUCUAAUUGCACCCAUGAGCCCUAACUCACAAUCAUCUCGUGGAUAUAGAAGUCUACCUUACCCAUUAAAGAAAAAGGACGGGAAAAUGCAUUAUGAGUGCAACGUAUGCUGCAAAACAUUUGGUCAACUAUCUAAUUUAAAGGUCCAUUUACGAACACAUUCCGGGGAACGACCUUUCAAAUGCAACGUUUGCAAUAAAUCCUUCACACAGCUGGCUCACCUUCAGAAACAUCACUUAGUACAUACCGGAGAAAAACCACAUCAAUGUGAUAUUUGUAAAAAACGAUUUUCGUCUACAUCUAAUUUAAAAACACACCUGCGGUUACAUUCAGGGCAGAAACCAUAUGCUUGUGAUCUCUGUAUGCAAAAAUUCACACAAUUUGUCCAUUUGAAACUUCACAAGCGACUUCACACAAAUGACAGGCCAUACGUUUGUCAAGGAUGUGACAAAAAAUACAUCAGUGCCUCCGGACUACGAACUCACUGGAAAACGACAAGUUGUAAGCCCAACAAUAUUGAGGAAGUUCUCGCCAUCACGAAUGCAGCAAACACCGAAUGCAUAGGUAACAUCGACAAAGACUGCCAAGAAAGAGAGGGGCACGAAGCAUAUGAAGUCCACUCUGCUACGCAGGGAGGAAUGGUGGGAACCGGUGGGGCAAGAGUGUCAAUUUCGCAUAGUGAAGCAAUAAUGGGUGGGCAAGCGCACACCACCACACCGCAUCUAGCAGGCCAUGGACAGCUUUCACCAGGCCCGGGUGUUUCGCAGUACCGUGGGUUAAUGCCUCCUUCUGAACACGAACAACAACACUACGGUUCAGCGCAGAGUGAGUCUCGGCCGAGUGUUAUAGAAUCAAACCAACCGCUCAUCAUCGAGUGCACUUGA